AUGGCCUCUGAAACUGCCUCCCCUACUGUGAACUCCCCCUCCUCGACUCCGACACAGGCCCCCGUCGAGAAACCAUCCACCCCACCGGUCAACAUCCUCCCCUCGCCGACCGCGCGGAUCUACUCUUUGGUGCACCCAGCCCUGCUGUUGACACUAUGCACGCUCCGGUUUGAGGCAUUGGUGGCAGAUCCCAUCCGGGAGCUUCUUGCAGAUCUGCCCUGGUUAGCCUUUUUGCAAAUCACCUACGUGUUGAUCUGUCUUCCGCCGGCCGGAACAACCCCGACAGAGGCCAGUUUUCCGGCUCCGACUGAUGGGGAAGAUAAGAAGAAAACACCUCCCCGUUCUCCUUCGGGGCCUGGUGUGACUCUACGGCCUGGUAAACCCGGGCUUCGGCGAAAGCAACUUGCCGGAAAACAUGAUUUCGCUGGUGUCUGGGCCAAACUGAUGCCCGCCUUCCUCUCGCUUUCGCUCACCUUUCUCCUGGCCACCCCGAUUCUGGCCGUUCUCCUCGUCCUGUUCGGCGCCCCACUUACCACGCAUAAUCCCGAGACGGUUCUCUGCGCGGCCCACAUAGCCCUGUUGUGUGCAACAGCGCUGGUGUAUGUCCAUGGUGUAGACGGUUAUGUGUGGAAGGAGGUUUGGGGUAUUUCCCGUCCUGCUGAUGCGGUCUGGGGCAGUGCGCUUGGGACGGGGCUGGGAGCAUGGUUUGGUGCUAUUCCUAUCCCGCUGGACUGGGACCGGCCGUGGCAGGCGUUCCCAAUUACAAUUCUGGUUGGGGCGUACAUUGGGUAUGCAGUAGGAUCCUUGCUCUCUCGCACUCCACUGCUCUAUGGGAAGCGAAUCCAGUUCACGCCGGUGGAGGACGAGGAGGGAGAAAAGAAGACCAACUAA